AAGUUCUGCUUUCAGACAAAAGGGGAAGUAGCUUGUGUUUUCUCUCUCGUCGCUCACAGGGACUUACUUCUCACAAUUGCACUUUCAUAUUCAAAGUGAAACAGAGACUGUUGAGCUAUGGGGACGGUGAGCGAACUCUGUGUGUCAAGCUUCCAGGCGUUCUUGUGUCCCACAGUUUGUCCGGCUCCUCCAGCAGUACCGGACGACCUGACGCCAGAGGAGAAGCAGGAACUGGAGAAUAUUAGGAGACGAAAACAGGAGCUGCUGGAGGACAUACAGCGGCUGAAGGAUGAUAUAGCAAAGGUGACAAAUGAAAUCCAAAGUCUUGGCUCCACUCAAGAAAGAAUAAACAUGCAGCGGAGUAAACAGAUGGCUAUGGGCCGCAAGAAAUUUAACAUGGAUCCCAAAAAGGGUAUUCAGUUCCUCAUAGAGAAUGAAUUGCUGAAGAACACUUGUGAAGAUAUUGCUCAGUUCCUCUACAAGGGUGAGGGCCUCAACAAGACAGCCAUCGGAGAUUAUCUGGGUGAAAGCUCAAGGGAGGAUGACCUCACCAAUCUUAAGAUGGUCCAGUACUACAGUCUGUCAGAAGCCAUUAUCUACUGCAUCGAGAUGGCCUGUGCCCAUAUGAAACUAUGUUGCCGAAUGAUGGAGGCUUUUGCCCAGCGUUACUGUCAAUGCAAUCCCGGUGUCUUUCAGUCUACAGAUACAUGUUAUGUGCUUUCAUUUGCAAUCAUCAUGUUGAACACAAGUUUGCACAACCCUAAUGUGAAGGACAAGCCAUCUGCAGAGCGUUUCAUAGGCAUGAACAGAGGCAUCAAUGACGGAGGAGAUCUGCCAGAAGACCUGCUCAGGAACCUUUACGAGAGCAUUAAGAAUGAGCCCUUCAAGAUACCAGAAGACGACGGCAAUGACCUCACGCACACGUUCUUUAACCCUGACCGCGAAGGCUGGCUGCUCAAACUGGGUGGACGGGUGAAGACGUGGAAGAGGAGAUGGUUCAUAUUGACGGACAACUGUCUGUAUUAUUUUGAAUACACCACUGAUAAAGAGCCGAGAGGGAUCAUUCCUCUGGAAAAUCUCAGUAUUAGGGAAGUGGAUGACUCCAAGAAGCCAAACUGCUUUGAACUCUUCAUCCCAGACAACAAGGAUCAGGUCAUCAAAGCGUGUAAGACUGAAGCAGAUGGACGGGUUGUGGAAGGAAACCAUACGUUCUACCGCAUCUCAGCACCAACAACAGAGGAGAAGGAGGAGUGGAUCAACAGCAUCAAGGCUGCCAUAAGCAGAGACCCUUUCUAUGAGAUGCUUGCUGCCAGGAAGAAGAGAGCCUCAUCUCUGAAGAGACAGUAGGGCUGCAGAAAGGAUGUUUGUACCUGGACCUGGAAAAGGGACGAAUGAUACACGGAAACCAUAACGCUGGAUUGGAGUGAUUUUUAUCUCAGGAAUGACCUGAAGUUUUGAAGGUUAACAUGCAGUUGGUUUUCUGAGAAGUUUUCUGACAUUUCUGUUUGUUUAAUUCUUAUGAAUGAACAUUGAGUACUCACGUACAUCGUCAUCUCGAAUCAGCAGGACUGACUGAAUGUGGAUCUCAUUGACCUUUUGUAAGCUUGCAGCAGACUUGACCGUUCCUCUCUGUGCUUUGAUAAGUAUAAAAUGCUAAUUGUGCACCUAUUUUUACACUGCUAUGUACUGUAAAUAUCUGGGAGAGUUUUGGCCUCGUUUUGUUUGAGGCUAUCUGGCUUUGUUUUUCUAUUCGUUUCUGAUCUGCUGUCAUAUUUAUGUUUUUUUUUUGUUGUUGUUGGGUAGAUAUUUUUCACAUUUUGCCAAAGUUUGUCUUUCAGUCCCACUCCAUACUAUCCUAAAAACUGUAGUUGAGUGAUUUUCUGAUUCAUGAAAAGAAUUCUAUUUUUUUAUUUUUAUGCUGUUUAUUUAGCUUAAACAGUGUUUUAUUUAAAAUAUCAGGACAUUAUUCACUGAUCUCAUAGGUGGCCUUGAAAGACUGUGAAAUCCAAAAACAUUUCAGUACGUUUGGUUCAUAUUUAUGGAACGAUGUCAAAAAUUAAACUACUGACUGGAGAGUUUAUUUUUAUGUUUUGUAUUUUACCACCUUAUUAAAGGGGGUCAUAGGAUGCU